AUGGCGAAUAUAAAGACAGACAGCCCCCAGCCAGAGGGCAGACCAUUUCAAGUCUCGUUCGUUGCAUCCACCACAGAAGUUGACACCACCGCUCCCGGUCCAGAGAUCAACUGGGGUUCUGACUGGCGUGAAACUCCUCUGUUUACUUUCUCGCCUCCAGCAGAGAAGAAUCUACCUCUCACCGAAUCUGUCAAAACAAAAGCACCCACCACCGGUUGUGUCUUGCCACAGACACAGGAACUACCUACCAACUUCACCUUCGACUUCUCACUUCCUCAGGCGAGCGAAGAGGAGUCUUCCGGAAGCUCAAGCGAGCCGGACAUCUCGUCCGACACAGCAAGUCCCACGCCAGAGACGGAUAAAGCCCAAGAGCCAGUCCCCGCGCCGCACAUGACGUUGCCAGAGCUCAUGAGAAAGCAGACCAUGGACCGCCGCCGCCAGCUCAUCACCCGCGCCCGCAGUGGUGUUAGCGGCCUGGACGAAAUACAGACUGCCCCCAUCUUCACCGAAUCCGCCCGGCUCCAGGCCGAAAGGCACGCCUUGUCGUCUGGUGGUGGUGACCAGGUCUAUUCGCAGUACGGCCUCCUCGCCGGCGACGCCAGCGACGAUAAAUCGGACGAGCUGUUCUACUACAAUGUAGCCGCGCCAUCGAGCAUCUUCAUCUGCGGCAGCCAGGGCUCGGGCAAGAGCCACACGCUGUCGUGCCUGCUAGAAAACAGCCUGUUCCCGUCGGUGGCGAACGAGCUGCCGCGCCCGCUGACGGGAAUCGUGUUCCAUUAUGACACCUUCAUCAACGACAGCCAGGGCAGCCCGUGCGAGGCGGCCUACCUAUCGACCAACCCAGCCGUGCGCGUCCGCGUGCUGUGUGCGCCGACCAACAUCGCGACCAUCCGGCGGACGUACGCGGGACUUCCCAACGUCGUCAUCGAGCCGCUGAGCAUUAGGGAGCAGGAUCUCACAACAAAACGUAUGAUGGAUCUUAUGGCCGUGAGAAAGAGCGAGACCAUGCCGCUGUACAUGCACGUCGUCAACCGAAUACUUCGUGAGCUCCGUCUGCAGCAACAGCAGACAGGCGGCUCAUUCAACUACAGUGCCUUCAAGGCAAUGCUCGCCCGCGAGGAUCUGACCGACUCGCAGAGAGUGCCUCUCGCGCAACGGCUUGAGACGCUCGAAUCAUUCAUGGCGCCACCGCAGGAGUCUGUAACGAAAAAGAAGAAGAAGGCUGCUGGCGCCGCCGUGGCCAAGCCCGCCGGGAAUGACUGGAGCCCACGGGCUGGCCAGCUUACAAUCUUGGACUUGAGCUGCCCGUGUGUCACCCCGGAAGGAGCAUGCGCGCUCUUCAACAUCUGCCUGUCUCUCUUCCUAGAGCAAGAUUCGCGGCGUAUAGGUCAGAUAGUGGCGCUAGACGAGGCACAUAAGUAUAUGAACGACAGCGGCGAAGCGUCGGCCCUCACGGAGCAGCUCCUGGCGACGAUCCGACUGCAGCGACACCUUGGGGCGCGCGUCGUGAUCUCGACCCAGGAGCCUACCGUGUCGCCACGACUGCUGGACCUGUGCAGCGUGACGGUGGUGCACCGCUUCACGUCGCCCGAGUGGCUGCGGGCGCUGCGGCGGCACCUAGCGGGCGCCGAGGAGACAGCGGGAACGCUGGCGCGAGCGACUGCUGGCGCUGGUGCUGGGAGCGGCAGUGAUGUUUCUUCUGACUCGGGAGUUGAUGACGUCCUGGAUGGACUCGUCGACGCGGUCGAUACACUGAGUCUCAAGGGCCGCGGGGCGACCAUGGGUCAGAAGCAGGCGGCGGCGAGCCUGUUUGCACAGAUUGUAGAGCUGCGCGUGGGUGAGGCGCUGGUGUUCUCGCCCAACGCCGUAGUAGGUGUUGGUGGGGAGGGCGCGGCGAGGAAGCUGGGCAGUGGUAUGCUCAAGGUGCGUGUGCGAAACAGGGUGACGGAGGAUGGCGGGAGAAGUAUCAUGGCUGGCUGA